UACCCCUGGCCUAGAGCAACACCUUGCCGUCGGCUGCUUUCCAUUCAGAAAUGCCUUGCGGGACUCUAUGAUGCUCCGGUCGCCAUGGCGUCGCUGGGUGAUGUUGCAGCUUUGAUGUUGGUAGCAAUUCUUUGGGGAACAACCAAUCCGUUUUUGAAAAGAGGAACUGAGGGUCUGGAGCAGGUAAAGAGAGAAAGCAGACCUCAGCAGAUGCUGGCAGAAAUAAAGUUCCUUUGCCUGAAUUACAAGUACAUGUUGCCAUUUAUAGUAAACCAGUGUGGCUCCUUCAUCUACUAUCUUGCCUUAGCAUCCACAGACUUAACCCUGGCUGUGCCCCUUUGCAAUUCUUUGGCCCUGGUCUUCACAGUGGCAACAGGGAAAAUUCUUGGAGAAAACAUAGGUGGCACAAGGGCUGCCCUGGGAAUGCUCUUGACAGUCUUGGGCAUCGCCAUCUGCGUAGUUGCGUCUGGGCACAAAAAUCCGUGAGAGGUCUCCAAAGAAGAGGGGAAAUUCUGUGGAAGGCCAUUCUUAUCUGCGCAACUGCUGAUGCCACUCUCAAGAGUUGCAGCAUGGGGUAAACAAACCCAUGGCUCCAUGCUAGAAAGAGCAUGGUUCUUCAUAUCCUAGCAAUAGCUCCUUCAUGCACUUGGAUUUCAAAGAGCUCUGGGUUCCUAGAUCUUGUUUUGAUCUUCCUGUUAGCCAGAAACUUUGGAGACCCUGAGAAGCAGCAGGAUCAGGAGCCUUUUAAGUGAAUGCAGAAAGAUCUCAAAAGCGAUAGAUGCCCAGACAGAUCUGACUUAAGAGCACGAUCAAUUGCUACUAUUCAAAUAGGGUCUGUGUUGUGAAGGACGAAGGAGCAUGUUUUGGCACAAAAGUCUACAACGAGCAUAAAGUACUGGUUACAUGGCUCACACCAGAUUGAUACCCAGAAAUACAGUUUCGGAAGUCUAAGUUAGGCUUCAGAAUCCCUUGUGAUUCCUUCAUUACAGAGUUCCUAGUCCUCUAGUCCAGUGUUUCUCAAUCUUAGCAACUCGAUGAUAUAUGGACUUCAACUCUCAAAAUUCCCUAGCUUCCCAGGGCAUUCCGGAAGUUAAAAUCCACACACUUUCAAGUUACCAAGAUUGAAAAACACAGGUUCAUUUUAUCUAUGAAUAAUGUCAAUUUGCUUGCAUGAGUGGCAUGGUGGCCUAGAGGUGGAGCUCUUGCCUCACAAUCAGGAUCCUAGGUAGGGGCAGAUAUUUCUCUGGGCACAAAGAGUUCCCUGUAGGCGUCAGGAAAGGCAUCCAGACAGUAAACACAGCUCCAUUCACUUGCCCCAACUUCACCUUGAUGCAAGCGAUCACAGGAUUGUUAAAAAAACAAUGUCAGUUUUACUUGCAUAAGAAGCUCUUUAUCCCUCUAAGAUCUAAAAUCUGUUAACAUCGCCACGAGUUUGCCUCUUUUAAACUUGUAACUUAAACUUCUCUCCAGCGCUUUGAUUAAAGUAGUUUUAAUA